CUGGUACCGAAUAGAGCGAGGUGUUCAAAUACCCAUCUUGCACUGCGAGCUUCCUCCUGGUUCACUUUUUUGUUGGAACUGUGUGAUUUUUGUUGAAAAAUCUGUAGAAAAUAUGUACAGUUACAGCAAGUUAGCUUCGCCAGUAUUAAGGGUGAUUGUAAGUAUUAGUAAGUUCAUUUCGUAGGUAAAAAUUUGGCCGCGGUAGUUCGAUAUUUCUCACGAAUUUUAUCCGUUUCUUCACAGGUAGGAAAUGGCCGGCUCACGACCAUGCGCAACGCUAGUCCAACACUUGCAAAGGUUUGUACAGUAAUCUUAGCUGUUUAAGCCUUUAAAAAUACCCGUUCCUUGUUUAUUACUCGUAUACUUCGUUAAUUUCGUGUUGAAAUACCGAAAUUCUUUCGUUUUGGAUGCAUUUUAUCGAUAUUCUGGCAUGCCGUUUGCCGCCAUGUGAUAAACUCGACCUACAUCUAGCUGAACUCUGUACCUUACACAAGCAGCUUCUUUUACGUCAGUUUACGUGGUAAAAUAGUUUAUUCUCGAAAUUUAUAUUCUUUUCAUGAAUUUAUAGACAUUUUAGUGCAAAUGGUUAAAACAUUUUGCUUUAUUAAAAAUGGGUUUUAAUUUUCAAGACAUCUAAAAGGUCAAAUCAAUAUAUUCACUAGUACUAUUGUGUAAUCACGACAACUCUCAAAACUUUUAUACUUAUAUUUAGAUGUGGGUUAUAUUUUCAUACCAUACUUUUCAGUGAAUUUUCUUGCUAAUACUACAAAUAUAAAUAAUACCAUCAUAAUUUUGUUGUCUAAACUGUACAUGUAGAAAUGAGUUUUAUGAUGAAAACUUUAUAUUCUUAUGAAAAUUCUGGCUAUGUUUCUUGAUAAUUGUUUUGCUUCAAAAUUGAGUUUGCUACUUGUAUAAAAAGUAUAUUUAAAUUACUACACUCAAAACCCAUAACCCUAAAUUGUAUCCUCAUACAUAAGUCGGUAUAAAUCCAGGCCUUAAUUGCUGUUUUGCACUUCGAGUAGCAUGCUGGCAGGGGGCCAUAAUGAUGCAGUGUAUUAAAGCAUGAUGCUAGCAAUUUGCAACUUUUCCUGCAAUAGGUAAGUCACAGACAUAAUGACUUGGUUUGACACAACAGAUAUGACUUCAGAUUAUAUGUAUGCCAUCAGCAAGUUCAAUGUUGCCAUUAUUUGUGACCAAUGCUAAUUCUACCGAAUCAUCACAUUUCUCAUUCUGACUUUCCAGCCUGAGCUGGGAGAAAGCAUCACAACUUUGGCUCUGGCUGCCCAAAAAAUGCCGAAGCUCCACCAGAACUCCAGUGCACAGCACUAUUACACAUAGGGUGGCAAAAAUGCAUAGAAUGAAACCAACAUUGUUAAGUCUAAUUAAAAAUAGGACAUAUUGCAUUGUCUUUAAGGAUGUUUGAAAAUUUGUUUGCCUGCCUGCAUGCAUGUCACUGGGCACUUAAGCUUCAUUUAUUCUGUCCCAGAGAGAGACAGAGAGUAAUUUAUGAUGCACUUAUAAUGCACAAUUAUCAUUUGUACAAAUUUUCAGAAAUUUCUUAUUUCAAUACAACAUAAACAUCUUUUGAGGAUAAUACUGCCAGUAGCUGUUUAGUUUUUCCAUUAUAUUAAAUCGAAAGGAUUAACCUUUUUUGGGACACCUGAUGGCUUUCAAAACCAUGUCCUCCCAUGCUAUUCAUUUCUCCCUGUCACUCCUUGGUGAAACCAGGAGAGUGAUUUGCCAAGAUAAGGUUCUAGGGUUGGGCGGUAUAUCAAUAUUAUUGUGAUAUUUUUACGCAAAUUAUUGUUAUCAAAGGGAGAAACAUGAGCGAUAAUAUAUUGUAAUCAUUGUUACGGUCAGUUACGACUAUUGUGAUAUUUUUUGGCAUGCGUGCAUCGUUUUCACAAAACCUGAAAACAAUUUUUUUAAUUUUUUGAACAUAUCAAUUAAAUUUUGACGUUCAAAUGGACAGCUAAGGUUUAUGAAAUGAUGAAAUGAAACAAGGUUCUAACUAGUUUUAGUUGGAUAUUUACUUCAUUUUUUUAUUGCUAAUAAGAUAUAAACUGAUCUAUCUUAUUAGUUACCAAUGUAGCUUAAUUGUUAUGUUCUUGAUAUGUUUUUACUGUAUAUUAUCUUAGUUUGAAACUGCGGCCAUUGUUUUUAUUACAUUUAUGGUGAUAUCGAAUAUCGUGAUAAUUUCCUGGAUGAUAAUCAUGAUAUGUUCUUCUAAAUAUCACCCAACUCUAAUAGCCUCACCACAUCGUUUCAGGCAUCGGUUUGAGUAGGUGAUAUUUUGAAUCAUCUUGGCCUUGAAGCUCUGUUGGCAGUGUCUCUGUGUUAGGUUAUAUAAUAUAACAUUGUCCAACUGAACUUGUACCACCAAUAAAAUAAGUCCUUUAAAUGGCAAAUUUUGCAUGCUUUCAUGAUGUUUUUGUUACAGAUUUUUGCUUCCUGUAACAGACACCAGUUGUUAUUAUGUUUGAUCUUGUUAUGAAGAGAACAGAGAAGUUUCACACUUGUUUAUAAUUUGAUUACAUUUAAGUUGGUUUCAUCCUUGGUUAAUCCUUAAAGGGGAAGUCAAGUCCGUUCUGCGCAUCGGUUCUGCUCAUAACAAUGUGAGGACCUCUAAUGUGAGCAUUGCCCAAAUUUCGAAUGUUUCGAAUUUUUCUGAACAUAAACUCUAUUUCAUAUUCAUUUAGAAGCAUAGCGAACCAAAAUGGUGUUAGAUAUUCAGACAGUACAUCAUAUUUAAAAAAAUACAGCAGUUCAAAAUGUAAACAAACCAUUUGUUUACAUUACGGACUUGACUUCCCCUUUAACGUUUAGAAAAAGAUUGCUGUGUGAAAAGUAGAAUUGCCGCUGGGUUUGAUCACAAUGGAGGCAAUGGCUUCCAUCCAGAAAGUCCUUUACCUUGGCUAUAGAGCCUUGUUUUCAUAAUUAAAAUGUUGGCUUUAGAGCAAUCUACUAUAUCUUGUUAUUGGUAAUGUCAAUUUUUUUAUAUUGUACUGAUAUUAUUCAAUUGUAACUAUGAAUUCAGUAAAAGUGUUGCCAGUAACAAGAUAUAGAAUCCUAAAGCAAAGGUUUUAGGCACGAAAACGAGGCUGUAUAGCCAAGUAUUGGUCCUUUCCUACAGUAAGAGGUGUAUUCUAAUUGCUGGGGCAGUGUUUUGCCAGUUUCCUAGAACAAUGCUGCCAGUAGCUAUACCUCUAGUGAUUUUGCAUUUGGGUAACCUAUUGAGUGCCAGUGCUCUCCCCUUGUCAGAGUGAAACAACAAAGUAGGAAACAUUACUGUAGGGCACAAUGCAUGACCAAGGCUCAGUGGCAGCGUGUUUGUCAAUCGGCUAUUUGCCGAACAAAAACACUAAAUCAUUGAUUAAUUGUAUUCAGCACCGACAAUUUGAUCAGAGAUUGCUAGGACUUCUUACCAUGCAGGAAGUAAUCAGCACUACACGGCUAAAAAUGAUCAGGUUGUUGCAAUAGUUGGGCGUAAAAAAAAAAUACCUGUGGUUCCGGUUUCAUAUCGUGAAAAAAUUAGGGUCGGUAGGUCGGAAAUAAAUAUUUUUUUUUGAAUAUUUUUUUCAUGGUUUUGCCGUUUUUUUUUUGCUGGGCGAUUUGCAUUAGAGUCCUGACAUCAAUAUUAACUAGAGAUGCGUAUUUCCUAUGGACGAAUUGAGGCAAUUUGGUUCAAUAAUUAUUGUGACAACAGACGCCAUUUUGGCACGCUGUAUGAGCAGCCCGCAACCACCUGGAGAAAAUAGGGUAGCACGGUCAAUCGCGUUGAAAAAAUAAUAGGGUCGGCAGAAAAAAAUAGGAUCGGUCGGGAACCGGAACCACAGGUAUUUUUUUUUACGCCUUGAUGAAAACGGGAUUGAAUAAUGUUUCGCUGCCCACAUUGUUCACAGUUGUCGACAAAAUUGAACAAUAUUGUUACACCCGAUUCAGGCUCCACAAUAUUGUUCAAUAAUGUUGACAAGUGUGAACAAUGUCGGCAGCAAACAUUGUUCAAUCCUGUUAAAGAGCAGCCUCAGCAUUUUUUACAUGUGUAGCUAUCAAUGUAUAAAAUAUUGAAAAGCUGGCCGACCAUGAUUAGCCAAUGUCUGCCAUGCCUGUAGAAAAUACUGUAGGAAGUUAUGUACAGUAUGAAGGGAUGCUACCUCCAAAGUCUAAAGAGCUAACUCCAAACCAAAAUAUACACAUGAAUAACUUUUGUAAUUCAAAACUAACUGAGUUGAAACUUGAAUUGUGGAGUUUUUGGCUAACUCCAAAAAUCAUUUGGAGCUACAUAGGUAUAACUCCAAAAAUAAUUUAAAAGCUAGGUAUCUAAGCCUGAUGUUACUGGCUAACUCCAAAAAUAAUUUAGGAGCUUGAUACCUAAGCCUGCAGUUACUGCCAGCUGGGGUUACUGACAAAAAUCAUUUGAAGCUAAGUAUAUAACUCCAAAAACCAUUUAGGAGCUAGGCAUCUAGCUAAGUAUUAGUAUUACUCCAAAAAUCAUGAAAAAAAAACUAGGUAUCUAAGCCUUGAGUUACUGCCUAACUCCAAAAAGUAUGUGUAGCGAGGCAGGCCAGCCUAGCCGCUAGGUAUGUAAUUUUGAAGUUGCUUGCUGUGUUGCUAACUCCAAAAAUCAUUUGGAGUUUGUUAUCUAUGACCGGAGUUACUGACUAACUGGAAUAACUGCAAGAAUGCACUCUCAGAAUGCACUUCUAUAUUCUGUAUUACAUAAAUAACACAUGCACUUGCUAAGACUAAAAUGCCCAGAGUACGUGCAUAAACAUGACUUUGGCACACUUGACAUUUUGUUCUCAUUCAGAGGCUAAAUUUUGAUCUGUAGUUCUGGCAAAUGCGGCACAACCCAUUCUCGUACCCCGCGACCCUUGUUAUGCUCUUUUGACCAUGUGUAAGACAGACUCUGGGUACGAGAGUAUGGUAUAGUCUAGCUCCAUUUAAAAAUUGGCUACCUCCACCAAAAUAAAAUCUACAGGUAUGAUGUAUGUGCUCCCGGCACAGUUGAUCAGAGAUUUGUCAGACCCAAGCAAAAUUGUUAUAAUCCACACUGCUCAAUAAGCACCCGUGCUAUCAGUUCUGGCUGUGUCCAGUACUGUGAGUAAAUGCACAAUUGCAAUGGGAAAAUAUGUCCCUAUGCUUGCAAAACAUUUGUACAAGUAAAUGAAUUGACUGUUUUUGACAAGUUUGUUUUUGUUUCAUUUUUAGACCUGUAUAGCAAUGGUGAAUCCAUCUAUCGGUAAGACAAUAGAAUGUAAUACUGUCAUACAUCUAUGUAAAAGUCAUGAAUAUAUCUGUUGCGUAAAAUUCAAUAGCUACAUCACUUAUUGGUUCAUGUAUGUGCAUUCUUGUAGAAAGCAACAAUAUGCUUGCAACAAGAUGUAUUCAAACAAGUGCCAGUGUCAGGGAUGUUGAAACUGCAGCAAAAUUCAUUGGAGCUGGUGCUGCCACAGUAGGCUGUGCAGGUACUGUUGAUCAAGACUUUGUGCGCCUGUCUUUUGUUAUCAGCUAUUGAACUGAGUAUUUUUAACAGUGUUAAUAAGAGACAUGGACAGAGGGG